CUGCAAAGCACCUUUUUAAUCUUAGUGAUAUGAAGGUAGUGGUGCUUUUGCUAGUUGUCUUGGCCGUCCAAUCGCUGGCAGACCCUCUGAUCUACUUGAAGGAAGAGUUCGCGGAUGGGGUAUUUUCAACACUAAAUUGUGCAUAUGAACUUUCUAAUGGAGCUGAAAAUGUAUCACAAUAAUAAAAUUAAAGCCCAUUGGAUUAAAGUGAUAUUGGCAACUUGGAUGAAAGGUUGCCUAACGUGAAGAAAGCUAUUGAUGUUUGGCAAAGCAGGUGGAUAGAAUCAAAACACAUGUCUGACUAUGGUAAAUUCGUACUCAAUGCUGGAAAGUUUUAUGGGGAUUCUGAGAGAGACAAAGGAAUUCAGACAAGUGAAGAUGCCAAGUUCUAUGCAAGAUCAAUUAAAUUUCAACAGUUCAACAACGAAGGACAAACUCUUGUCAUACAGUUCACUGUAAAACAUGAGCAAAAUAUUGACUGUGGUGGAGGAUACAUUAAGCUCUUUCCUGCUGAUCUGAACCAAGAGGAUAUGAAUGGAGAUUCCCCUUAUUAUGUAAUGUUUGGCCCAGAUAUUUGUGGAGCAGCAACCAAGAAAGUUCAUGUGAUCUUCAACUACAAAGGAAAGAAUCACUUAAUUAAGAAAGAUAUUAGAUGCAAGGAUGAUGAAUACACUCAUCUUUACACUCUGAUAAUUAAUUCUGAUAACACUUAUGAAGUGAAGAUUGACAACAAAAAAGUUGAAUCUGGCUCUCUGGAGGAUGACUGGGAUAUGCUGCCUGCCAAAACAAUUAAGGACCCAAAUGCUCAGAAACCUAAAGAUUGGGAUGAUCGAGAACAGAUUAAUGACCCUGAUGAUGCAAAACCAGAUGAUUGGGAUAAGCCAGAAAAAGUUCCAGAUCCUAAUACCAAGAAACCAGAUGUCUGGAACACUGAGAUGAAUGGUGAAUGGGAGCAUCCAUUGAUUCUGAAUGCAGAGUACAAGGGUGAAUGGAAACCUCGUCAGAUUAAGAACCCCAAUUUCAAAGGCGUUUGGUCCCAAACAGAAAUUGAUAAUCCUGAAUACACGCCAGAUGUCAAUUUGUACAAGUAUGAUAACAUUGGCGUUCUUGGUCUUGAUCUGUGGCAGGUGAAGUCUGGUACAAUCUUUGACAACUUCCUUAUAACAAAUGAUGCCAAAUAUGCAGAGGAAUAUGGCAAUCAAACAUGGGGAAUAACCAAGGAUGGAGAAAGGAAAAUGAAAGAGAAAAUGGAGGAAGAAGAACAGAAAAGAAAAGAACAAGAUGCAGAGAUUGAUUCGGAUAAAUAUGAACUGUAAAUCUCAAUCAUUUUGAAUGUUCAUCUUGUGCCAAAAAGGUAUCUACAGGAAUUGCACUGUUGUACCUUCAUAAACAAUGUGUCUUAAAACUGGAAGAGUAGUGUUAUUAUUUUAAUUUGGUACAAAACUACUUAUUGAAAUAAAGUAAUUGAACCUUUUUGCAGUAAAUGCAAGAGCGAAAGAUCAGAAACUUUGGAAAAAGUUUGAAAAUUAGAAUUUGGAUUGAGAUCUUGCCAAUCAACCUGCAUGAACCUAUUAAA